UUUUCCAGUGUCUCUGGGUGCGGCCGUCCGAGUGGGCGUCUGGGGAAGUUAAGAAGGUUGUACAGACAGGACCGGAGGGGUGCGACCUGGACCCUCAACCCGGGCCUGGUGGACCCCUCUCUCGCUGGUGGGCACGGAAGAUGCGCUUCUGCAGCAGCUGGCCGAUUCGAUGGUCAAGGAGGACUGCGCCUCGGAGCUGAGGGUCCACCUGGCAAGGUCCCUUCCUCUGCCCUCCAGUGUGAAUCGGCCCCGAAUUGACUUGAUCGUGUUCGUGAUCAACCUUCACAGCAAAUACAGCCUCCGGAACGUGGAGGAAUCCCUGCACCAUGUGGACGCCACCUUCUUCCUGGGGAAGGCGGCCUUCCUCGCCACCGGCGCUGGGCGGGAGAGUCACUGCAGCAUCCACCGAAACACAAUCAUGAAGCUGGCCCACACCUACCGGAGCCCCCUGUUCUUCUGUGACCUGGAGAUAGAAAGCUUUCGAGCCACCAUGGCACAGCGCCUGGUACGUGUGCUGCAGAUCUGCGCCGGCCACGUGCCCGGUGUCUCAGCCCUGAACCUGCCGUCCCUGCUCAGGAGCUCGGAGACCCCGGCCCCGGAGGACCAGUAAGGGCUGCCGGCCCCCGAGCCUCUGCUCCCCACGCCUGGCGAACUUCCGCUGUUGCUGAAGACCGGGUCAGGGCCUGGUGGGCUCUGGCCCAGCAGUCAGACACUCGCACAACUGAACUCAUCCACGCUGCUGCAGGGACCCCCACUGGCGGGCCUGCGGCCCCUCCCUCCCGGGCUCACCCCAGCAGAGCCCGUGUCCUCCACCUGCCAAGGUGCAGCUUCAGGCUCCGUUUGAACAAAGCGUCCAUGGCUCAAAAAAAUUCUGAAAACCCCUGGCCUCCUCCACUGCCUUGAUUUUGCAGAUGAGGACACUGACUCCGAUCCGUCAGGACGGCCGGACAGGGGGAGCUCGCACUCUGUGACCCAAUCCGACCCCACACCCUGCCCUUACCAUUCUUCUAGAACCUGGUGUUGCCCCUUAGAGCCUCAGUUUCCCCGGGUGUGGAGUGGAGAUCGUCCUGCUGACCUUAUCGCCUUAUGAGGACUGGGUGAAAUGACCUAGGGGACAAGGCCGCGGUUGUAUUUCUCUCCCCUCCCCCUCCGUAUGCUCCAGGCAUUUCAUAUCAAGGUACUGAAGAGGCACGCAGUGAACAGUAACCAUUGUUUGAAAUCACACAGAGCUGGGUUCAAAAGCUGGUGCAAACCCAGGAAUUACACUGUCUGUGAACUCAGAA